AUUCAGUAAGUUUCAUAAACGACUCGUUCAGUCCGAUUCGUCAGCGAGACGUUCAGACAGGUUUUGUGAACAAUGUGAAAAGAUCCGAUCCAAAAGAACGGUUCGUUUCACGAAUAGGACAUCACAACAUUGCAUAGCCCCCCUGUGUUACAGCCAAUGCGAGCGGCUUAUUGAACACAUCGAGCGGCUCCGCUUUCGCAAUUAUUUCCCCUACCGACGUUGAAAGUAACAACAUGCUUUUUUCGACGGAAGGUGACAAAUCCAACUAAGAAAAGAAAUGGCUUGGUUCCACCAGGCUUUACAAGGCUCAGGCCAGCCAGAUGCAUCCAUGAUGGCCCCUACAGUGGAUGAUCUUUCCCAUACACAGGUUUCUAAGCACACCAUUACACAGUUAGGAAUGUCUGAUGGACAAGGUUGGUCAACCCAUCCUCCAGUCUCCAUCACAGACUUUCCUCCUGCCUCAGGAGGCAUCGUCCCCCAACGUCUGGAAGCACUGUCCUGCACAUCCCUCAACGUGUCCUCCAGAGAAGACUCCGCGCCACUGUCUUUCGUGACGCUUCAGGAGCAACGAUGUGUACUCGGUUGGUUUUUCGGAUGGAACACUGUCCAGAAGCAACGCUUUCUGGAAGAUCUGAUCUCAAAGGCCGUGCCUGGAAAGGUGUCUAGUUUAUUAGACCAGCUCAACACACUACAGGUGAACGAUCGCCCACCCAACAUUUUUGAAUGCCAGUUAAGACUGUGGACACAGUGGUUUGAUUCGUGGAGUGAAGGGGAGAGAAAUGCCUUUUUGAACAACUUAGAGGAAAAGGACCCAGCCUUUGUUGCGUACUUCUAUAGCCGGGUUGCCGGAACAGCAGGCAGAGAUUGAACAUGCAAUGUUUUUAAUUUGUAUGUCCUUUUCACUCUUCAAAAUGUAACUGAAAUCAAGUCUCCUAUGGACUAUUAUACUGGGGUUUAACAGCUGAGCUUGGUAUGCAUGUGACCAUAGUUCAAGCACUAUGUUGACUCUCAGAAAGUUUGUGUUUGGAAGCAAAAACCUGUUGAUUUUCUCCUGUUUUUUUUUUUUUUUCCUAAAAUAAAAAAAAAUAAUAAUAAUGUUUUUCACUA